AAGAGGCCGUUUCCUAGGCAGCAGGAGGAGGAAGAAGAAGAAGAAGAAAGAAGUGACGGCGGAGUUUGCAACGAACUCUAUGGGGGAGGCCGAGGCCUUCGUCCCGCUUGUCGGUCUGCGGAGUGACGAGCUGGCGCUGCCCGGAGGAGGACAGGUGACAAAGCCACGAUGGAAACUUUAGAAGAAGAAAACUUUGGUGUGUCCAUCUCUUCACCAUCAGAUGCUGAGUUCGAUGCUGUUGUUGGCUAUUUAGAAGAUAUAAUAAUGGAUGAUGACUUCCAGCUUAUACAAAGGAACUUCAUGGACAAAUACUACCAAGAGUUUGAUGAUACGGAGGAAAAUAAGCUCAUCUACACUCCUAUUUUUAAUGAAUAUAUAUGCUUAGUUGAAAAAUACAUUGAAGAAAAGCUCUUGGACAGGAUUCCUGGUUUCAGCAUGUCUGCCUUCACCUUGUCAUUACAGCAGCACAAGGAUGAAAUUGCAGGGGAUAUUUUUGACAUGCUUCUCACAUUUACUGACUUCCUCGCAUUUAAAGAAAUGUUCCUGGAUUACAGAGCUGAAAAAGAAGGCCGAGGCCUGGACUUAAGCAGCGGAUUCGUGGUGACACCCUUGAGCAAGUCCUCCAUGUCGCCUUCCGCAAACAGUCUGCGACACUAGCUCUUGCCUCUGAAAGAGAGCUGUCUCCACUUGGGCUGCCCUGAAUGCAAAAGCCGGCAGAAGAGAUGAGUGUGAAGCUGAGGCGUGCAACCCUUAUUCCCUCUUGGCAGGCCAAUUUUUCGUCUUAGCUGCUCAUUUGAAUUGGGCGUUUCCACAUGAUCAGUGACUAGUAUAACUCCAGCCCCGUUAGAAUAAUGGUGUCUUAGCACUUGGAUUUGUUGCUGUGCCAGCCAAAAGGGACUUUAUGCCAUGGAGGUCAAUUAGUGCCAUGGUCUGUUUGAGGGCUGCCGAUUUCUUGGAAGGAAAACAAGCACUUCAUUGGACAGCAGUGAUGGAAAAUGAGUGUCAAACAUGGGGUGGUUCUAACUGCACAACCUUUUUUGAAGCUCACAACAAAUCGGGGGAAACCUGUUUAGCGUAGUUCUGAAUGCCACAUUUUGACUUUCGACAGUAGCACGUGUGUGUAUGAUGCGAAUAUAUAUUUAGCAUGAAACUGUUAUUUGUCGGUUCUCUAGUAAUUGUGAAUUUGUAUUCUUUCCCAUUCAACAGACUUAGUGGUGUUGCUCUUGUAAGCCCCCCCACAUCAGCUGCAGAAGGAACCAGAAAACGUGGGAUUUCCAAAGUAACCUUUCUCCUAAGAAAAAUCACAUCCUGUCUCAUUACUACCAGCAGCAUGUGCUCUAGCACGGACAAAGCUUUCUGCAAUGUCUUCAUGGGGGAUGGGGACUGUAAACCCAAAUCCAAACUUGUAUGGUUUUCAAGGAACUUUGGGAAUUACAGUUCUGUGAGGUGCUGCAGUUCUUUAAAAACAAAAGAGCUAAAAUCCCCCAGGUUCCGUGAUAUUAGUUAAGCUGGUUUUAACUAUAAUGACCUCCCUCACAGCGAAGCUCAGGAAAUGGUCUGAGAAGUCUAGGACUGACUCUACCAGGUUUUUUUUUAUCAUAGCCCCCCACCCCCAAAAUUAAAUUACCAAGCUUCCUUCAGGAAAGCAGUGACAGUUAAACCCUCUUUUAAAGUGGAGUGAAUGUGUCCCGAGUGGCUUGAUUAUACCUGCAAGCUUUGGGAUUUCAUCAGUGUUGUGUUUUACCAAGGUUAAAAAAAGAAAACAGCAUGGAUAACAUUGCCUGUGCCAUUGGCGGUCUGCAUCUUUGCUAGACCCCUGGGAAGCCUCGUGUGGUUCAUACUGAUAGCUUCCUCCCUACAUCCUGGCUUAGUGACAUCAGCUAGUAAUACGUGCCAGUAGUGUUGGAUCUGCUCUGCUUGCCCCAGCCACAUCUCUGUUUCUGGCUUACUUCCACAUGGAUCUGUGGAACUCUUGCUGAGAAAGGUGUAGCUGCUGUUGUCAUCUUGACUUGUGGAGGACCAGACGACAGGAGCACGGAAUUCAAAAACCCCAAAUUCCAGUUGUUCCUACUUUCCACGCAUUGCCCGCUUUUACUCUUGGUUGGUAAUUCAGCGCUCAAGGACUUGGCCUGUACCAUCCAUGUACUGCUGUCACUCUGAGGCUUCUUCUAAAGUCACAUAAUGGAAGAAAGGCCAGGAGGACUGGCUGAGCCCUGGAAAUUUACUAUUGGAGCCUUUCAGGCUUCGAAUCCUUUUUGUCCAAGCAGGGGUAAGUAAUUCUUGUAAUGAGGCUGAUCACAAACAUCUUACAUGUUUCAGCUUUGGGUGACAUACGGUACAGCACAGUACUUGCUUAGCUAAAUCUUGGGAGAUUGAGAAGGGGGUAACAUGGUAUCUUUACAUCAGCAAACUUUUGCUUCCACAGUGUUUUCUUUUACAUACGUUUCCCUUUCAGGGUUGUGUUCUGUAAUGUGUUUAUGCUGUACACUGAUCUGAAACUUGAUUGGCAAGAUCCAGAAGCAAACUCUGCAUUGUAAAGGAUGUUUUUUGUAACUUGUUUUGGCAAGGUCCCAUGUGUGUAAACAAGGAAUAAUCUUAUCCCCAUACUUUAAAGGUAUUUCAAAUACUCUGUUGGUAUUUGAAAUGUGCAAGAAGUGCAUUUUCAAACAGUCACGGGAAGGCAUGUUGACAAUAUUAAUGACAGUAUUUCUUGGUGCAGUUUGCUUUUGAAAAUCCAGUCUUGGUCAGCAAAUGGGUAACACGGACUGGAAUACAGGAUCAGAUUCAAAGUUGGAAGUUUGUUUCUCUCUUGCCAUUUCAAAGACGUUGUCUUUCAGUGCCCAAUUUGUCAGAACUACUUUUGAGGAGAGACACAAGGAAAUGAAUUUUCAUUUUCUAAUCUCGCCCAAAACCGCUGAGGUGCAUGGGAUUGAUUUUUUUGUACAGGCUGAAUGGAAUUUUAGAAGUCAUCGUUACAGUAUUGGAUAGUCUAAGAAAUCCUUGGAGGAGGACUCUGAAGGAAACGUGUGCAAUCGCUGGAGAAACACCUUCCGUCAAGAGCUUCUAUUGACGUUUCUUUCAUUGGUGUGUUAUCUGCCUGCCUCCUGUUGAAGUUCACUUCAUACCAAGAAUCAAUUUGUGUGCUGUUGUCAAACUAAGACUAUAUUGUUUUGUGUUUGAUUAAACAACCAAGUAAAUGAU